AUGCAGCACCUCGUUGACUUCGCCGGGAGGAAGUCGGCGCACAACCUCAUCCUCCGCGACAUGCUCAUGCUCGAGAACCAAGUCCCGCUCUUCCUCCUCUGCAGGAUCCUCGAGCCCCAGUGCGAGUACCCCGGCGAGGCCGGCGAGCUGCUCCCGUGGAUGGUCACCGAGCUCAUGAAGGAGCUCUGCCCAUUCAAGAUGGUGGACACGUUCCCCGCGAUUGAAGUCGCAAGAAGAACGCACACCGCCGAGCGAAGACGCUACGACAACGAGGAGCAACCGGUGGACGGCGCCGGCGAUGAAGAGCAAAAACAUGCCGCCGGGCUGCGAGUAUGUGAAGCACCGCUGCUCACCAUGUCUAGCAUGGCGUCGGGGCUCAACAGCGGCCCGAUGCGCUACGUGAUGAGGCCGAUCGCGUUCAUUGUCAAGGCACCGUGGAAGAUGCUCACCGUCGUGCGGGGGUUCUUAGCGAUGAAGCAGCCCGUCGAGGCCUUCUUCAUGUCCAAAGACCGACGCGAAAGACGCAAGCCCCACGACCCAAACGGCGUGGAGUCUUAG